GACGCGUUUGGCGGGAACCGUGACGCGACCGCGGUUUGUGCUACCAUUAUUGUUCAUCAAUCAACAUCAACUACCGGGCGACUAUUUUCAACAAUGAGCUCUUCAGAAGGGGAGAGCUUCGACCUUGAAAACGUCUCAGGUACAGAGAGUGAGGACUACGCUCCUCCUAUCAAGAAGCCAACGAAGGUACCAGCAAAGAAGACCAUCGCGACGAAACCCACAUCAAAACCUUUGAAACCUCCUGUUAAAUCCAAGGCUGUACCUAAGAAAAAGAUACUCGUGGAUAAGGACGACAAUGCAGACCACAGCGCAAUGGACGUUGACGAAGUUGAUUCAGGCGAUGAGAGUGCAGGGUCAUCCAAACCGAAGGCUCCAGCCCCGCCGAAGAAGAACAAGACAGCGUCGGAAACUUACACCAAAUUGUCUCAACUAGAGCAUAUUCUAAAACGUCCUGACUCCUACAUCGGAAGCGUUGAGACAAUCACAGUACCAAUGUGGACGUAUGACUCAGAGAACAAACGCAUGGUUCAUAGAGAGGUCAAAUAUGUCCCGGGUUUCUUCAAGAUUGUGGACGAGAUUCUUGUCAACGCUGCAGAUAACAAGAUAAAUGACUCAGGCAUGGAUACCAUUAAAGUGAACAUUGACGUCGAACUGGGCGUUAUCUCUGUCUACAACAACGGCAAGGGCAUUCCCAUAGAGAUGCACUCGCAAGAGAAAAUGUACAUCCCCGAAUUGAUCUUCGGUCACUUGCUCUCUUCAUCCAACUAUGAUGACGACGAGAAGAAGCUCACCGGUGGCCGUAAUGGUUACGGUGCCAAGCUUGCCAAUAUCUACUCUCAUGAAUUCACCGUCGACACUGCAGACAAGAACACAAGCCAGAAGUACAAGCAGAUAUGGACGAACAAUAUGAGCAAGGUCGGCACUGCAAAGAUUACAAAGAACGGAAAGGGCGAGGAGUACACGAAGGUCACCUUCAAGCCGGACUUGAAGCGUUUUGGCAUGCAGACCAUCGACGAGGACACCCUGUCUUUGCUGAAGCGGCGCGUGUACGAUCUCGCGGGCACAGUGAAGGAUGUCAAGGUUUUCCUGAACGACGAGCGUUUGAAGAUCAAGAACUUCAAGCAGUAUGUCGAAAUGUACCUCAACUCUGCUGCAGCAGAGGCAUCAGAGACAUCAGGAGGGGCGGCGCAGGGAAAACCAGCCAUGAUAUAUGAGCAGAUUGGCCCGCGGUGGGAGGUAGCGUUCGCCGUAUCAGAUGGUACAUUCCAUCAGGUCUCUUUCGCCAACUCCAUCGCAACCACGAAGGGCGGCACGCAUGUCAACCACAUGGCAGACCAGAUUGCGAAGAAUCUCAUCGCUGCCAUUGGUAAGAAAAACAAGGGCGCGACUGUGAAGCCUGCACAAAUUAAGAACCACAUGUGGAUCUUUGUCAAUGCUCUCAUCGAGAACCCAACAUUCGAUAGUCAAACUAAGGAGACGCUGACAUUAACUGCCUCCAAGUUUGGCACGAAGCCCGCAUUAUCUGAAGACUUCAUGAAGAAAGUUCAGAAAUCAUCGAUUAUUGAUCACGUUCUCAACUGGGCAAAGUUCAAGGCUGACCAGCAGAUCAAGAAAACUGAUGGGAGCAAGCGCAACAGGUUGACUGGAAUGACCAAACUCGCCGACGCAAAUAAUGCAGGCACAAAGCAGGCUGAAAGAUGUACGCUAAUCUUAACCGAGGGUGACUCUGCAAAAGCUUUGGCUGUAGCCGGACUGGGUGUUGUUGGUCGCGAUAAUUUUGGCGUCUUCCCGCUCCGUGGAAAGUUGCUCAACGUCCGGGAAGCGAAGCAUGACCAAAUUAUGAAGAACGAAGAAAUUCAGAACAUCAAGAAGAUUAUGGGUCUUCAGCACAACAAGGAGUACAGCAAUGUGGCCAGUCUGCGGUAUGGACGCUUGAUGAUCAUGACGGAUCAGGAUCAUGAUGGAUCUCAUAUCAAGGGUCUGCUCAUCAAUUUCUUGGAUCACUUCUACCCGUCAUUGUUGAAGUUGCCGAACUUCUUGGUUGAGUUUGUGACACCUAUCGUGAGGGUGACGAAAGGAAAACAACGGAUCGAUUUCUUCACUAUUCCAGAGUAUGAGCAGUGGCUGGAGGAUACCCCCGAUGCUCACAAGUGGGACUCGAAGUACUACAAGGGUCUUGGAACAAGCAAGGACUCCGAUGCCCGCUACUACUUCAGCAACAUGGCUAAACACAUGAUCCCUUUUGCAACAACACAAGAUGGCGAUAGGGAGCUGAUUGACCUCGCCUUCAGCAAGAAGAAGGCUGAUGAUCGAAAGGAAUGGCUUCGCCAGUUCAAGCCUGGGACAUAUCUCGACCACAACAUCGACGAAAUUCCUUACUCAGAUUUCAUCAACCGAGAGUUGAUUCUGUUCUCCAUGGCUGAUAACGUUCGUUCUAUACCGUCAGUAGCGGAUGGCCUCAAGCCUGGUCAACGCAAGGUCAUCUGGGGUUGCUUCAAGCGUAAGCUGAAGAAGGAAAUCAAGGUUGCGCAACUCGUAGGUUACAUCUCCGAGGUCGCCGCAUACCACCAUGGUGAAGCCAGUUUGACUAUGACCAUCGUGAACUUGGCCCAGGACUACGUUGGCAGCAAUAACUUGAACUUGCUCCUGCCCAAUGGUCAGUAUGGUACGCGUGACCAGGGCGGUAAAGACCAUGCCUCGGCUCGUUAUAUCUUUACCGAGCUGUCGGCCUUGAGCCGCGCCGUCUUCAACCCCGCAGAUGCUCCCCUGUUGACCUACCUGAAGGAAGACAGUGACUGGAUUGAACCCGAGUAUUACAUACCUGUCAUCCCGCUUGUCCUCGUGAAUGGCGCUGAGGGCAUUGGAACUGGUUGGAGCACGACAAUUCCCUGCUACAACCCGGUUGACAUCGUGGAUAAUCUGCGCCGCUUGAUGGCAGGCGAAGCGAUGGUCCCGAUGUUACCUUGGUGGCGUGGCUUCAAAGGCACAAUUAAGAAAGUCAGCGACCACAAGUACGACGUCAUUGGUAUUGUCCGCAAAGUCAAUGACACCACCGUCGAGGUUACGGAGCUCCCGAUUCACAAGUGGACUCAAACCUACAAGGCUGAGCUCGAGGCCAUGAUUGGUGAAAAGGGUGAUGGAAUUAUCAAGGACUACAAGGAACACCACGAUAAUGUGAACAUCCAUUUCGUGAUUAGCAUGGCUCCGGGGGGCCUGGAGAAGGCUGAGGAACAGGGUCUCACGGAGUUCUUCAAGUUGACGUCCAAGAUCAACACAAGCAACAUGAUGGCGUUCAAUUUCGAGAACAAGAUCCAAAAGUACGCCUCCCCUGAGGAGAUCAUCGAAGAAUUCUACCCGCAACGGCUUGCUUACUACCAGAAGCGAAAGGAAUACCUCGCGAAUGAGCUGCAAACGCAAUUUGAGCGCCUUUCGAAUCAGGCACGGUUCGUGAAGAUGAUUGUGGACAAGGAGCUCGUCGUGUCGAAUCGCAAGAAGAACGAUCUUAUGGCUGAGUUGCGCAGGCUCAAGUUCCGACCAUUCCCCAAAGUGAAGAAGGCGAAGGCUGCUGCUGGCGAGAUGGAGGAUGUUGUCCAGCUCGAAGACGAAGAAGAUGAAGCGGAAGAGACGGACAAAGAUGCUGGAGCGACCGACUAUGACUACUUGCUUAGUAUGGCUAUCUGGAGCUUGACGAAGGAGAAGAUUGACAAACUCCUGCAACAAGCGGCAGACAAGGAUGUCGAACUUCUUGCUCUUCUUGAGCGCAGUCCCAAUGAUCUUUGGAAUGAGGACCUGGAUACUUUCCUGAAAGAGUGGGAGAAAUCAUGUCAAGAGUUUGACAACAAGUCCUUACUCGACGCUAACGGCAAGAAGGUCAAGAAGAAGCAAACAACGCUUGAACAUCGCAAGUCGCUACCUGGUGCUGGGCGGAAGAAGGUGAAAGCAAACUCCGAUUCAGAGUUCGAGAUGGUCCCAGCUGCACAAGUGAAGGGCAAGGGCAAAGCCAAAGCUAAGGAGGAAGCUCCCAAACGGAAAAGCCCCAAGGCAGAGGAGGACAGCGAUGAAGACUACAUCAAGCCUGCGGCGAAGAAGAUGAAGGUCACUCAGGCCCCGGUAACCGACUUCUUCGACAAGAAACCAUCUGGCCCCUCGGAGCCCAAAAAGCCUGUCGCUCGAAAACCCUCGAGCAGCAAGCCGGCUCCUGCGAAGAAAGCUGUAGCCAAAAAGGAGAGCGAUGACGAGAUCGUCAUAAAGAGUGACUCGGAUGCACCACCUGCACCGCCGAAACGGCCAGCACGAGCAAAGACCAAGAAGUAUAUUGAGAUAGAGUCAGAUUCUGUUUCGGAGACGGAAAACGUGUCUAUGUUUGAGGAUGACUGAGUUUACCAU